UCGAAGUUGUGUAGUUUAAAGGCACACCACUGUACAAAAUAGAAGCACGUUUUUUUCGUAAUUAAAUAACGUAGAGGCAGUAACAGUUACGUAGAAAGAACACGAAGAAUCCAUACAACAAUGCCGCGUCAGUCAGGACACUGGGGAAAAAUCGUAUUCGUAUAUAUUUUUCAAUUAUUUUCAUAUGCAACAUCCACGGUGUAUGUGCAGUUGAUAGCACCGCACUACGUAACAUACGGCAGCUCAGCUACUCUGCAUUGCAACCAUAGUGUCUCAGAUGCUUAUUUGCAUAAAGUCGAAUUCAUGAAAGAUGACAAGAAGAUAUUGCAGUACAUAAAGGAUAGGAAACCGCCAUUCGUCGAAUGGCGGGUAGACGGCGCGAACAUGGAGUACUUGGAAAACGGCACGACAAUCAAAUUAAAGGACGUCCGUUUCGAGGCGUCCGGUUCAUAUUCCUGUCAGGUCUCAAUGACGACUCCUAUUUAUACCGAGGCUUCCGAUACUGUUCAAAUGAAAGUUAUAGUACCACAGACUGAAAACCCGAAAAUCACGUUCAAGAAAAGCAUGUACGUGAUCGGCGAGAGUUUAGAGGCGAAUUGCACUUCAUCAGCUGCGUUUCCAGUUCCUCAUUUGACAUGGUUCAUAAACGGGAAAGAGGUGGAUAUCACUCUGGUAAACCACUAUCCUUACACGCGUCACAAGGACCAACUGAUGUCCGCCACUGCGAAAUUAACGAUAGAGGUUUCCGCGUUGCAUGCCGGGGAGAACGGAUAUUUGGAAAUCAGCUGCUAUUCCACCAUUCCGGACUACCCCCUGCACGAGGAGUACGCUGAUAUCAGGAAGGAAACGGUUUCGGUGCAAAUUAUACCCGCGCCGAUCGCCGUGACUGCAGCGCAGAAUUUAGCGCGGGGUUGGGCCCUACCUACGUUGCUGUGCAUACUCUGCACGGUGCACAAAGUCAUUCCUUAAUAAAAGUCAAUUGCUUUAGGAUAAUUAAAGGAGAACAAAGAGAAAAAGAAAAAAGAAAAAAAUAUGUAAUAUACGUAACGGAAGAGGGACAAGCGGCAGAGACGGAUGAAUCGGGGAAGGGAGGGGGGAUCUAUAUACAUAUAUUAUAUAUAAUAUAUAUAUUAAAGAACGAACAAUCACAAUGUCUUCCUUGAUUAUACCGAAAUACACGGGGGCAGCGGUUUUAUUGUCUUGCAGAAAAUUUUAUAACUCAUAGACGCGGCUUCUUCGUGCAACUAUUUUCGAUUGUCGCUUGUAUCGAUCGUUGUCUAUUUCGCGGAAGCAUAACGAGAUCCUGGGGAGAACGCUCCGUCUCGCACCGAUCCGUGACGGGACCCGCGGCCAACGCAAAAACGGCGAGCGAGUAAAAAAAAAAACAAAAACCGAAAAAAAGAAGAAAAAAAAAACCCAAAAAAUGAAACAAACAAAAAAUCGUAGGCAAACGAAUUACCAGAUAGAAUCUCGCCGGUGAACAGGUGACUUUCGGUUUUUUCCAAAGUAAUACACGGGCGCAUUUUCGUCUCGGCUAUCUCGCGUCGACGGCAAGAUUAACGCGUUCACCGUUCGUUUCAAGUCGAUUGUCCUCGAUCAUUCUUUCCGUUCGGAUCCUUUAACAACGUUGACGACCAUUUUAAUAUAGAAUAAUUGUGUUCGUACUUGUUCGUUGAUAAGAGUUUAUUGUAUUUAUAGGAUUAGGUACGAAUUAAACGUUUUACCUACUUUAGAUGACUAUUCGCGCGAUACAUGGCGAUUGUUGCGAAGCGCGAGACGCGAUCUCGAGCGUUUAAAGGGUAGGUCUGUUCGUUAUUCGAUACGUCACGCUGACAAGGGGAGGUUUUCAAUCGCGUUUUUCGAAUGGAUCGUUGCUCGGAACGAGAUCGAUGAAUCUUUGCAAAAAUCUCAAAUUCGGGAUCGAUUGUGUCUGUGCAAUUUUAUUAUCGGGCAGAAAUAGCUUGGAAACAUUAAAAUUUUAAAGUUAUCCGAUCGAUCUCGUUCCUCGCGCUACGAGACUGUCGAUAAUAAUGCGAGGAUAUGUGGGUGUUCUUUGAUAUAAAUUCUACGACACGUAUCAUUGAUUUUUCGAGCGCAGAUUACAAAUAACAGAGAAGAACCAAGCCAAUGCUUGAAAGAAACUCAAUACCCGGUAAAUCUCACUUUUUCCCACGACCAGCAACGAUGUAUUUAUAAAAUCCAACCGUAGGUUUCCUUUUAACAUUUAACCGGGCAGUUUUCUUUCUUUUUCCACGAUCCGAUUCCUCUUCCCGUUCUGCUUACAAAAGUACAAGUUCCAGUUCGCCAAGUAUUGAAAUACAAGCGUCGAAAAGGGAAUACCGUACGUGAUAUUCCCAAAUAAAACGUUUUUAAAGUUUCGUAGCCUUCGUGUCGCGACUCUCUGCCCCUCGAAUGCAACUCUAAACGCGAUUUAUGUCCAAACUGGAACCGUUAUCCAGAUACCUUUGUACUUUUCCUGUAUCUUAUUUCCACCAGUCAAAUCAUUCGACAACUUUUUUUAAUUAAAUAAUACAAUUUUAUUCCAGCCAUUCUCUCGAAUCAUCAAGAUCAAUUGCAGGAUAUUUACUUUUCAAUGAUUUUAUUAAAAGAAUGAAUUUAUAUUUUCAAAAAAGGUACAGUUUUGUACUUUUCCUGUAUUUUACUCAUUUCCACCAGUCGAAUCACUCGACAACUUUUUUUAAUUAAAUAAUACAAUUUUAUUCCAGCCAUUCUCUCGAAUCAUCAAAAUCAAUUGCAGGAUAUUUACUUUUCAAUGGUUUUAUUAAAAGAAUGAAUUUAUAUUUUUAAAAAAAGUACAGUUUUGCAUAAAGAGAAGAAAGGUGCAAUGGUCGUUUUCAAUUAUUUUAAAUGAACUUAUUUCUUUAUUGCUGGUCCAAUAAACUUAUUGUAAUGUUUGACAAUUAUCUGAUUGCCCUAGAUUUACUGUAACAAUUUUACUCUAUAAUUAAACGUGUCCAGUACAAAUUUUUUAGAUUUAUUUUGUGUAAUUUAUUGGGUGCUUCCAUGUCACAGCUAUAAUCUCUUACAGAUAUAAUUGCAAUUAAUAUUUUUGGAAAAAUGCACAAUCAUUGCUGAUUUAUCAGUCUUCUAUGAAUUAAUUAACCACCACAUUAGAUAUCCUGCUAUUUUACAGCUAUUGAGUAAAUAUAUAGUUGAUAACUCGUGUAUGAACAUAUUAAAACAUCUAUAUUUUUUUUUUUUCUUUUUUAUACGCUUCGCGUCUCGUCAAAGGGCUCUUGGAGUAAAUAAAUAAAACACAACCUCCCCUUGUGAGCAGAAAAGCUGUAACGUGUGUCAAUUCGUAGAUCGAAUUUGUUGUUCGUAAUUAAGAUGAUUGUACACGAAAAUCGUUUCGUCGCAUGUUUCUGGCUUCGAACUCCGAUCGAAAUUCACGAUUACGUAUAAUUUGAUGGGAAAACAGAGAUUCCGCGAGAAUUUCUGUAUUUGUACCGGGAAACGUUACUUUCUCAAUCGUCGAUAACCAAAGACAAACAUUGUGAUCGAUCAUUUCGUAUUGUCGCGUUUCUAGUUCGUACAAGUGAAGAUACAAUCUAAGUACUUAUCGUGGACUUAAUUUAAGUAAGGACGAGAGCUACGACACUUCUAUAUUUCAUACGUAAAGAAAAGUAAAAAAAAAAAAAUAUGAAAUACAUUCACGAUGCGUUUGUAAAGGGCUUCGUACGCGUGCACGUGAGUUUUAUUUCGAAUUUUAUCAGAUAUUUAUAUACGCGUAUACAUAUACAUAUAUUUAUUGAAUAGCGGAUGCAGAUUAUAGUCCAAAGCUGGCAUCGUAUCGACAAAUCACAAAUUAAGACUGUUAUACCUUGUUGUUCGCGGAGCGAUACAAUUCGUUGUUACAUUGAUAUCGUUAUUUAUUUCUAUCACGAGGCACUACUUUCCAAGCUUUGUCAUGUUCCUUGUAUUCCGUACAAGACGAGAAAAACCCGUCAGACGUUUAGAAUCCCAUCGGCUCGUUGUUAAUUCCGGGAUCGUCGCCCCGUCGACGUCCUCCCGAAACAGCCGAGGCGUUCGUUUUCUUAUUUUUAACCAAUAACCACGGUUUAGUAGACGCUGUAAAAUUUAUUGUACACGCACACGUGGGCUGUCCCGUAUUGAUUCGCUGCAACAAUAAGUACUAUUUUUAACGGAAAAAAAAAAAAAAAAAAACAACAAGCAAGGAAGCAGAAACAAAGAAAAAGUUGCGAACCUCGCGGUGCGAUCAACGGAGCGAGUUAUUUUAUUAUCGCGGCAGAAGGGCUGAAAAGUACAUUCCUGGGGGGAGAAGGGGGGGGGGGGCAGAAAAACAACGUAUAAUUAUAGAAUUUCCUUGUCUACGCACAGCGCUGCACGUCGAUCAAUAAAAUUGUGUAUACGAGACCCUUCAGGACAUCCCACGUGUGCAACGAUUCUAAAACGCGCGUACUAUGUGGUUUCAUUUAACACGUUUCAUCCACGGAUCGUGUUCUAUCUAAUAAGAGAUUCACCGGGAUAUAUUGGAUUCAAUAAUAACUUUGUUCGGAUAUCGACGACACGCUGGUUCUUAACACCGGAUUCACGGAAGUCAGACUCCAUAUUUAAAAUAGCAGAACGCGUAAAUAUUAUUUUUUAACAAGUUCUGUUGAAUUUGUUCGAUGCAGUGGCACGAAUACGUAUUCUAAUUAAAAGAAAUAUCAAUAAAUAUGCUCCUUUUCGAAGGACGAGAUUACAGAUGUUCGAGGGCUGGGAAUCGGUCGAAUUUGAUGAAACUUCACUGAUUAAAAGAGACGUUCGAUGAAGAGGGAAUUUUAACUUUUUAAUAAUAACACGUAUAUAUUAUUUUUCGUGAAGGGUUGCAUAAUACUUGUCUAACAAACUUCUU